AUGGAAGAACAGUUACAAAGAAGUUUUAUAUUUCAAAUCAGUCGUGUGACACUAGAUACGAAACUAAUGCUAGUGAAUGGUUCACUACAGCAAGUGCGCCAGAAUACAUUGUUUGAUGGGAGUCUUAUGUUACCAGCAAUUUUAAUUUCAGAUCCUUGUACACAGGUAGCUUUUCAAACUGAAAAUGACACCAGUACUGUUGAACAUGCUGCUACAGCAAGUGCAGCAGAUGCUUAUGCUAGCCUUGUGAAAGGUAAAUAUUUGCUAUAAUCUUCAAGAAUCUCAGUUAUUACUUUGUUGCAUUUACUGAAGAUGGGAUAGAUUUCAAGUUUGUCUCCAUUUUCAGAUCUUUUUCACCCAUGCGAGGUAUCAAUCUCAAGUUUUUAUAGAUGUUUCUCAUGGUAUGUUCCUUUCAAUGUACAGUUAUUAGUGCCAAUUGAGGGUAAAUUAUAGU